UUGGGCUCCUUAGGCGGCUAGGGUUUCAUAUUAUCUCUUCUCUCUCGCUCGCUCCAAAACCCUAAAUUUUCCAACCUCUUCUCUUUAGAAUCUUGGGUUAGGGUUUAUCUAUGGCGAUUGCUUCAUCGACAGAUUCUUUCAAUUGCUAGGGUUUUGUGUCAGCAUCUCGAUCCGAUCCCAGCUCCGAUCUCCCUCUCUCUCGUUUGAGAUGACGACUGUGAAUCCAUUCGAUCUCCUCGGGGAUGACGAUAACGAUGAUCCUUCGCAGUUGAUUGCCUCUGCGACGAAGCCUCUCCCUCCCUCUCAAGCUGUGAAGGAGGCUAGGAAUACCACCAGUGCUCCACCACGUGGUGGUGGUGCUGGAAGAGGUGGCCCGGGACGAGGGAGAGGAGGGAGAGGAGCUGGGGUAGGCUCAAACAGAGCCCUUGGGAAUGGAAAUGAGAAUGGAUUUUCAGGAGGUUAUGGUGGGGGUUAUGGCGGUGGUAAUGUUGAGGAAGGAGAAGGAGGCAAACCAUCGGAGAGACCUCGUGGAGGAGGAUAUGGUCCUCCACGUCAGUCAUUCCGUGGUGGUCGCCGAGGAGGGUAUGGGAAUGCUGAUGGAGAGUCAGGAGGUGACUCUGAGCGCCCUCCAAGGAGGGCUUAUGAGCGCAGGAGUGGAACAGGACGAGGGUAUGAGAUGAAGAGGGAGGGUGCUGGCAAAGGGAACUGGGGAUCAGUAACUGAUGAUGUUGUUGCACAGGAAACUGAGGAGACUGUGAAUGCUGAUGAGAAGGCUGCAGCUCCUGAGGUGCAGGAGCAGGAAGAUGUCAAACCUGUUGAGGGUGACAAGGACAACAAUGAGAAUGUUGCUACUGAAGAAGAAGCUAAACCUGAAGAUAAGGAGAUGACUCUUGAGGAAUAUGAGAAAAUUAGGGAGGAGAAAAGAAAAGCCCUACUUGCACUGAAGGCUGAAGAGAGAAAGGUUGUUAUUGAUAAGGAGCUGGAGUCAAUGAAGCAACUUUCACUGAAGAAAGGGUCGGAUGAAAUUUUCAUUAAAUUGGGUUCUGAUAAGGAAUCGAAAAAGAAAGAGACUGAGCGUGAAGAACGAGCCAAGAAGCAUUUGAGCAUCAAUGAAUUUCUGAAGCCAGCUGAAGGAGAAAGAUACAACUCAGGUGGCCGUGGCCGAGGCAGAGGACGCGGUGAUCGUGGCGAGAGGACCCCAGCUGCUCCUGCAAUUGAAGACCCAGGCCAGUUCCCUACUCUUGGUGGAAAGUGAGUAGUUAGUGGUAUUCUGUGUGACAAACUUGUGCUAGUCUUUAAUUUCCUCUAGUUUAUCAUUAGUAGGUUAUUUUGGUUUUUAAUUUAGAGAAGUUUGGUGUCUGGAUUCAGUGAAAUAAUUGUGUUUCCUGUAUCUAAAAAGAAUUGGUGGUUCUUAUUUUGUUUCUGCUGUGUUUUAUGUAUACUCAGACUAUAAGUUGCAUUCGGUGCCAGAGAAGCGUCUAUUUUAAAGUAGGAUUAUCUUUAAUUA